UGUUAGUCGAUUUUUGAUGACGUUUUACAUAACUGCCGGCGACUGCGCGAAAUAUGAAGGAAAACGCGCAGAUAUCUGGUGUAACACUGACAUGACGUUUAAAUACGGUUGGUUUUGGGUGUGAGUGACGAGAGGUGUCCAGGCUGACUGUGAUGGAGUACGGGAGGGAGAGGGUGGUGGCGCUGGUGGACAUGGACUGUUUCUACGUGCAGGUGGAGCAGCGGCUGAACCCGGCUCUCAGGAACACUCCCUGCGUGGUGGCCCAGUACAAGACGUGGAAGGGGGGCAGUAUCAUAGCAGUGAGUUACGAGGCCAGGGCCUACGGUGUUACCAGGAACAUGUUUGCCGACGAUGCAAAGAUGCUGUGCCCGGAUCUCCAGGUGGCGCGAGUGCGGGAGUCCCACGGGAAAGCGGACCUCACAAAUUACAGGGAUGCGAGUGCGGAAGUGAUUGAAGUGAUGUCUCGUUUCGCUGUGAUCGAGAGAGCCAGUAUUGACGAGGCCUACAUGGAUCUGACUGCUGCGGUCCAGCAGCGGCUGAAGGACAUGACUGACAAACAGAUAGAGCCUCAGCUGCUGAGGACGACCUACAUCCAGGGUUACCCACAAUGCUGCCCUGAACAACAGGCGUCUACAGGGCACGCUGCCUUGGACAAAGAGGAGCAGAGGAAGAAGGGAGUUCAGGAGUGGCUGGCGUCCCAGGCUGUGUCUCUGUCCGGGGGGCACGGCAGUGCCGCGCUGCAGCUGGCUGUAGGGGCGCUGAUCGUGGAGGAGAUGAGAGCGGCUGUGGAGAAAGACACAGGCUUCCGUUGUUCAGCAGGGAUCUCACACAACAAGGUACUGGCCAAACUAGCCUGUGGUCUGAACAAGCCGAAUCGACAAACUGUUGUGCCUUUGGACUCUGUACCAGAACUUUUCAACUCUCUGCCCAUCAGCAAGAUACGUAACCUGGGGGGGAAGCUCGGUGCCUCCAUCACAGAAACUCUGCAUGUAGAGAACAUGGGAGAGCUGACCUGCUACUCUCAGGCCCAGCUGGAACAGCACUUUGGAGAAAAAACAGGCCAGUGGCUCUAUGAUUUGUGUCGUGGGAUUGAGUUUGAACCGGUGAAACCCAGGCAGCUUCCUAAAUCCAUUGGCUGCAGUAAAAACUUCCCUGGUAAAACAUCCCUCGCUACAAAAGAGCAGGUACAGCACUGGCUUUAUCAACUGGCUCAGGAGCUGGAGGAGAGAUUGAUCAAAGACAGAGAAAUGAACGGCCGUGUGGCUAAGCUGUUGACAGUUGGUGUCCGUCAACUGGGGGACCAGAGGCAGAGUAGUUUCUCUCGUUGUUGUGCUUUGGCACGCUAUGAUGCAACCAAAAUAUCCAGUGACAGCUUUGCCAUCAUCAAGAGUCUCAACACAGCUGGAAAUCACCAGGCAGCAUGGAAUCCCCCCCUCACCAUGCUUCUCAUCUCAGCUAGCAAAUUCAGUGAUGCUCCCUCAGCUGGGGUAAUUUCCAGCUUCCUCUCCAGUGAUGCCACUUCCACCCAGUCCCAACCACUUUCCCCCACUCAGUCCUCUAACCAGCCAUCCUUUAGGCGGAAAUAUGACUCCAAAUCCAAACAGCCUAGCAUGAUUCAGUCUUUAUUUCAAAAGGCAGCUGAGAAACAGAGGCAGAGGAAUACAAAAGAAGAGACAACAGUGGAGGAGGGCGAGGAGAAAGAAGACAAAGAGGGGGAAGAUGGAAAUGGAGACUCUAGAACAAUCCUUCCGUCUUCAUCCUCUGUAGUUGAGAAUCAAUCUGAGACAGCAACCACCUGCCCUGUCUCUUCUGCCAGGCUUUUCUCUCACUCUGUUUCUGUAACCAAUGGCUCAGCCAGCCCCCAUACUGCCAUUUCCUCUUUCUUCCACAAGAAAAGCAUUGAAAGAAGCUUACAGCCCCCAGGAUCACUCUUGAACAAUCCUGAGAUAGGACAUAGGUCUGAGCCAGUGAAAAUAAGAAACUCUGAAGACACCAUGGGCCAUACCUGCACUGACACUGCCUCAGGCCUGCAGGCAAAAGGACAUAUUGAGGUAAAGCAAAGCUUGGAGUCUCCGUCUCACAAGUCGCUGUCUGAAGAGUUGAGGGAAGAACACGAUGCUCUGCCAGAGGAAAAUCACCCUGGAGGAGCAGAUUCUCCUCUGCCCUGCCCCAGUCCUCCUCCUGACCCCUCUGUGCAGCCUCCCAGCCUGGCCAGUGAGGACCUGGUCAGCUGUGAACGCUGUGGCCAAGAGGUGUUGGCCUGGGAAAUGCCCGAGCAUAACGACUACCACUUUGCUCUGGAUCUUCAAAACUCAUUUUCCUCCACAAGCACAACCGCCAUCUCGCUCUCUUCCUCUAACCCCUCCUCCCCUGCCCCUUCAGCCUCUCUCAGGAUAGGCGGAGCAGCCACACCUCAGUCAUCCCGGGGGAAGACAAAGGCCAGGGGCCCGUCUGCACCCCAACCAAAACGGCCUCGAUCUCAGGGCAGAAGCACAGGCACUUUAGACUGUUUCUUCAAGAGGACCUGAGGACGUACUGUAGAUCUGCAGAUCUUUUAAUGGAAAUAAAGAACUGUUUUCUGAUACUUCAGGUAUCACAAGCAUGUAUGUAAAAACAAGAUUUUUACAUAUACAGGGACAGAGGAAAGCCAUAACGUGAGACGAUUCUAGCUUGGAUCUACGUCAAAUUCAAUAUUGCUAUUUUUUAUAAAAUUGUGUAAUUUACAAGAUGGGGAAUUAAAGAAAUGUUUUCUAAUUCAUGUAUAGCAAAUAAUUGUUCUUCAGGAAAGAUGUUGCUGUAAGCUUUUUCUAUAUAUCUGUUAUAUCUAUCCAUCUAUCUAUACACACAAACAUGCAUACAUACAGUUAAUUACUAUAUAUUAAAGUCGGUUUUUACAUUUUGUGGUACACAAGUAGUAGUUACCCCUGACUUGCCACUAGGUGUCACAAUUUCAUAUAAACUCCAGUCCAAAUUUGAACUCAAGCCAUAUAAUCCUUGUUGCUAUUAAAUCCAAGGAAACUGACCUUUAGGAUACAAGCAGGGAUACCUGCCCCCAUGUAUGAUCAGUAUAUAUGUUAAUUUUAUUUUGUGAUGAGCCACUCAAGAGAUCCAGAUAAUAUGUACCUUCUGUAAAGCUGGAGAGUACAUAUUUGAUAGUUUGUUGAAAUAGAAAUGGUCAGAAUUUACCCAGUCAACAAAAAUAUACACCAUAAAAAAUGUACUUCUGUGUUUGUUUAUGACCACGGUAGUAAAAGGGGCUCUAACAAGAGGCCACAGCUAAUCUGACUGACACAGAGCAACGACUCUUUUUGUGAUAAGGCUUGAAGACUGAUGAAAACCACGGCUGCUGCCUCUAGCACUUGGUGGAUGUAUUCUUAAAUUUCCUUAUAAAGUUCAACAUAAGGGUUGUUGAGGUUUUAAAAACAGUCAUAAAGGCUAUUCACCACAACAGACUUAACAAUGUAAUUGGAACUACAUUGGGUGAUAAGGUUUUAAGGAAGGGAUAGGUUGUGUUUAUUCACCAGAGAUCCAUAACUCAAUACUACAAAAGCAGAUGCAUAGGCAAGUCUGAUGCAUUUUUUUAAGUGCAUACAUAUAGCCACAAAAUAUGCUUGCCUAUAGGUUUAGAGCAACUGCACCAUUUAGGGGUGAGUCAUAAACAUUUAAUUUUGUUUACAUUCCCUUCAGUCAUUGUUUUGUAGUGAAAGUGUGUUGUUGCUCAGCUGAACGAGUGAAACCACCAACUGCUACUUCAGCAGGGGAAUAGAUUUGGAGGUUCAGUAGUUUAGCAGGUUGGCAAAAUAGAAGUUGAGAGCCAUGUAAAAUCCAGUUUACUGUAGUGAGUCAUACUUUCUGCCAUGGAAACCGGUAGACAAAUAGUUAAUGGCUGAUGACAUGGUUAAGAUGAAGAAUAAAUCAUUUUUACAUUUUGUCCAAGUGACAUCAAAACAUACUCGACAAUUGCAGCAGCCAAAGUAGAUAAUAAAACUUUUAUUUAUGUACACCAUGAUAUACAAACUGGAUCUGUACAUAAAUAUAUAAUCGUACUUCACCCAAACAAAUGAAUAAAAUAUUACACUUUCAAUUAAAAGGAAAACAGAUCUUGCAUUUGUGGUUGCAAAAAGUGAAAAUGUGUUGGUGUCAUUAAAAGGAAUAAAACAGUCAGAAAAAUGUAUUUGAAAGAAUUUGUAAAAUUUGAAACCACUACAAAUCUAUAAAAUAAAAUUUCCUCAGAUGUAUCAAAUCAA